AUGCGCUACACUGGAGUCGCUGCUCUGGCCGGUCUCCUGCUGCCGCAGGCCCAGGCCGGCUACUACAACGAUCUGCACACGCAGAAGACGCUCGUUGCCAACCACGGCAAGAGCUAUGUCGACCAGAUCGCCGACGGCGGUUAUACUGACCUGACGGCCGAGUGGGAGCGUCCUGCCCCGGGCCCCAACGGCAAGAAGCCCAACAUCAUCUUCAUCCUCACCGACGACCAGGACUUGCACAUGAACUCCCUGGACUAUAUUCCCUUGAUUAGGAAGCAUCUUAUUGAGAAGGGCACCCUGUACACGCGCCACUACUGCACCACGGCCAUCUGCUGCCCAGCCCGUGUCUCGCUUUUGACUGGCCGCCUGGCGCACAAUACGAACGUCACGGACGUCAAUCCUCCUCAUGGCGGCUACCCCAAGUUCAUCAAGCAAGGCCUCAACAACGACUACCUGCCCGUCUGGCUCCAACAAGCUGGCUACGACACCUACUACACGGGCAAGCUCUUCAACGCCCACACCGUGGAGAACUACAACAAGCCCUACCCAGCCGGCUGGAACCAGUCCGACUUCCUCCUCGACCCCUACACCUACAUGUACCUGAACGCGACCUACCAGCGUAACCGGGAACCCCCCAAGUCUUACAAGGGCCAGCACACCGUCGACGUGCUGGCCGAAAAAGCCCUCGGCUUCAUCGACAUUGCCGCUAAGAACGAGCGUCCUUUCUUCUUGGGCAUCGCCCCCGUCGCGCCACAUUCAAAUGUGCAGAGCAAGCUUUUGGAUGAUAUCGAUGAGUCUGAUCCGUGGAAGGAUAUCGACGAUGAGGAUGAGACCCUCUUCUCCCCCCCGAUCCCGGCAGAGCGCCACAAACAUCUCUUCCCCGACGCCAAGGUCCCCCGCAACCCGAACUUCAACCCCGACGUGCCCUCCGGCGCGAACUGGGUCCGCAAACUUCCCAAGCUGAGCGACGAGAACGUCGAGUUCAACGACCACUUCUAUCGUCAGCGUCUCCGCGCCCUGCAGUCUGUUGAUGAGCUGGUCGAGGGUGUCGUUGAACGCCUGGAGGAGCUGGGCAUCCUCGACAACACAUACAUCAUCUACACGACCGAUAACGGAUAUCACAUCAGCCAGCACCGGCUGCAGCCUGGGAAGGAGUGCGGGUUCGAGGAGGACAUUAACGUUCCUUUGAUCAUCCGCGGCCCGGGCGUGCCUCAAAACUACGUCUCUGAGGUGAUCACGGCCCACGUCGACAUCGCCCCGACGAUCCUCAACCUCGCGGGCGCCCCGUCCCGCGCCGACUUUGAUGGCGAGCGCAUCCCCCUUUCCGCGCGCGAGCUUGAGGAGGCGAAGGACAAGCGCCACGAGCACGUGACGGUCGAAUUCUGGGGCAUUGCCGCGUUCGAGGGCAAGAGAUUCAGGGAGGAUGAGUCCCGCCUGCAGCUGAACAACACGUACAAGGCCCUGCGCAUCAUCGGGAAGGACUACAACUUUUACUACUCUGUCUGGUGCAACAACGAGCACGAGCUGUAUGACUUGAAGACGGACCCGUACCAGAUGAAUAACCUUCUCCAUGAGGAUGCCACUCCGCCGCCGACUCUCCUCGGGGUCGAGUUCGACAAGGUCGUUGCCCGGCUUGACUCUCUCCUGUUUGUGCUGAAGAGCUGCAAGGGCCAGACGUGCAUCAAGCCGUGGCAGGCGCUGCAUCCCGCCGGGAAUGUGGAGAACUUGAAGGACGCGCUGCACCCGAGGUUUGAUGUGUUCUAUCAGAAGCAGCAGAAGAGGGUGAAGUAUGAGAGAUGUGAGUUAGGGUAUAUUGUUGAUGCGGAGGGUCCCCAGUUUGAGAGGGAUGGGCUGGUGUAUAGGCAUGGCGUUAGGUGGAGUGAGUGGGUUUAA